AUGAACAUCUAUGGCGGGCAGGAGACAUCAUUGCUAAACCCUACUCGGUCCAUCGUCCAAGCUUCUGCAGCAAGUCCCAAGCACUGUGUGUGCAUCACGGUCCCGGCAUCACGCCAGCGAACCCGCAUAUUGCAUUGGCCUUUCAUGGUAGGGACGCUUCCCAACGCACAUCUCGCCAAGUGCCGUCUGCCAACGCGGAGCGAGGUGGAAUGUGCCCAUUCCCACCAGUGCUGUAUGCUCUUGCCACUUUGCAGAGACGCCUUUUCACCAGAACAAUAUCAGACGAUAAUAGCCCGGCACCUUGACAUUUACUCCAUAGAUGAGCUCAGCCCAGGUUUGUCCAGCAGAGUUUUCACCACAGACCAAUCCGUAUUGACGCCUCCUCAUAUCAGCAUGGAAAUCGUAAGUUCAACCACAAACGUCGGCGACCUCCCGCCACUCGCGGCCUGCAACGGCCGUUUAUCGAGAUGGGAAGGGGCACCGGAUCCAGACCACACAUUGCUGCUCUUCAUGGUCUUCUCGGGCGGAUCCGCACCUCCAUCGAAAGCAACGCGGACCCAGAAUAACAUGCAUUUGGGUAUCGACUACUCGACUUCGUCUUACGGUUCACAUCGAAGCAUGGUCGUGAAUGCCCUUCAAAAAUCAAGCCGGCAAUCCCUUCUUUGUCUUCGGCUCGACCACAAGGUCUUGAACCUCGACCAAGUCUUUCUUCUGCAGUUUGCCGUCCCGGAUGCUAAGGUACCCUCGCUUCGCGCUGUCAAAGUGGGCAUCGAAACACCGUCAGGCCCGCGAAGUAGCCCUGGGGUUGGACGAUGCCUUCCAAGUCAUAUGGACGACACGCCCUUCUUUAAUGCUUCGAUCCAUCCGUCGCUCACGCUUGGCGCGAUGGCCCGGUUUGCUUCCCGUUUUGCAUUGCGUUGUACGAAUACUGUUCUCGAUUAUUCCUCAUGGUCUUCGGCCGAAUCUCAUCAUUAUUCCGAGCUGCGUUCAGAAGGCCAAGCUCUGAGUGCCUAUUUUCCGACCAUCCUCCUCAGUCCCACCUACGUUCAUCGCUCAGGGCAGUUGGACCCCAUGGCGGCGUCGACGGCAUCCUUCCCUGCUGGGCGCACGGGAGCAUUCGACAGCAAAUCGUAUCCAUCAAUGUCGAAAGCUGAAACAGGAAGCUAUGCCAGAAAGGUCGCAUUGGACCCCAAAGGACCAAAGGAGAGAUGUAUCCGUGAUACUGAACCCAUGCUCUCCAUCCAUCCGUCUUUGUUCUCGCUUUGUUUGCCGCCGAGCCUCGACAUCGCCUCAGUCCCUUUGUACGUGUGUUCUCACGUCACCGUUGCUGUCGCAUCAGGUUUCCUCGCACGCUUUGCCGUUCCUUCUGCGCAGAUCAUCACUCAAGCCACAAAUUUCCAACGCAUAGUCAGCUGCAUAGGCAACCUCGGCGACACAACACGACAGGUCUUUACCUACCCGUACAUGCUUCUGAGUCCCCUUCAGCCGCACGCCUCAGCCACAGCAGCCCGACCCCUUGCAUCUUUCAACCUCUCCCAUAGCGCAGACAAGACAAUGGAGACGAACCACAUCGAUAGCCUCCUGGAGCGCUAUCUCAUCCUGCUGGACGAGUACACGGCCUUGCGCGAGCGCCUCAGCGGGACCCAGGCGGGCAUGUAUCAGAACAUUGCACGAGCCAACUUCUCUGCGGAGAGGGGCGUCCGUUACGGGCCGGAUUACUACGACGAGCGCAUGCGGGCUUCGAGGACCCUCGAGCUGGCCGUGGAUGACAGGGGUAUCCCCCGCUUUGAGGUUGUCAAGGUUGUGGAGGGGGCUGAUGCUGUGACGGAGCCGAAGACGGAGACCACGGAGGCUGCAGCGGCGGCGGCGGCGAAGAAUGAUGAUGUCAAUGAGGCUCCGAGCGUGGAGCCGGAAGGGGUAACCUCCGUUGAUGAGGAGCAGACGGAGAAAGAGGCCGAGAAGAAGGAUGAGGCGGAGAACGAGAAGGAAAAGAUGAGGCAGAAGAAGAAGAAGAAGAGUAAUGAUCCCCUCCGGUGGUUCGGGAUCCUGGCGCCGAUGCCUCUGAGGCAGGCACAAUCGCUCUCGGUGCAGGCCGUGCAGGACAUCAUCCCCCGGUUAGUCUCGGUGGACGCCGAGAUGAAGGAUAUCGAGAUCGAGGUCCGCCGGGCGAGGAAGAGGCGAGCCAAGGCUGAGGCUGCGGCGGCUGCGGCGUUGAAGAGGGACGAUGUCGAUGAGGGCGCGGGAGCUGUUCGGCAUGAGACACAAGCCCCGAUGGCUGCGGUCUGA